ACUUGAUAACCUUGGUAGAUACUCGAGUAUAAAGGGAGGCAAAAUACUCACACUCGACGCAGUACGGUUCCCUACUCACACACAUCAACAUCAUGAGGACUCUGGUUGUUUUGGCAGUGGUGGGCGUGUGCUCCGCUUUCCCAUUCAUCCCAGACAAUCCAGAUGUGGCGGCAGAAAAGGCUCGUUUCUUCCAGGCUUUCAAGGCUGCUGAAGCCGCCGCUUUGCCAAGGUUCCCCUCACCUCACCAAUCUCACGACACCGGCCACUACACUCCUACUCGCUACGGCACCAGCCACUACAACCCUCCCCAGUAUACCCAUACCCCGGCUCAGCCCAAGUGGACGGGUCCGGUAGCUGCCACAGUCCCCGCCGGCGUUGACGGUACCCUCACCCCCGUGUCUGACACCAGGGACGUUGCUGCCGCUCGCAAUACCUUCUUCAACACCUACAGGUCACAGGUGGCUGCCACUUUAGGUGCUGCUCCCCGUCCUCACGGAGGCGCUGUCCAAUACCAGGCUGCUCCCUCCUACAGGCCCGCCCCCUCCUACCAGCCCAAGUGGACCGGCCCCUUGGCUUCAAAUGUCCCCGCUGGCCUCCCCGGAUCCACCAACCAGGUAGCCGACACCCCUGAAGUGGCCGCCGCCAAGCACUCUUUCUACAACACUUACCAGAGGCAGGCAGCAGCAGCAGCAGCACCAUCCCGUUACUACUGAGCCGUACUGUCGUAAUUAAGCCAAUAACAUGAACAAUAUAUAAAAGCAUAUGUACAUCUGGAACAAAAUUUUUGAAAUUAAAUUAUGGCAAACCUACCAAUCUA